AUGGCAAAAUUGGGGCCAAAGGAGACAUUAAUAGUUGAGGAAAUAGUUCCGGACUGGACGCCAGAGGAAGAAAUUGCUGUAAUUAAAAAAAUCGAUUGGUACUUGUUGCCACUCGUUUUGGCUAUACAUUUUAUGGCUUCCAUGGAUGCCGGUAAUCUGGGACAAGCGAGAGCAUACUCGCUUGAUGCUCAGACGGGCCUCGGACGUAUGGAAAGGGAUUUGGGAAUGGUGUCUGGUGAUUUCAAUAAUCUUAGCUCUGUCAAUUAUAUAGUGCUGCUCUUCCUCGAACCUGUAUCCAACUUCUUCCUGAUGAAGUUCAAACCUCAUAUUUGGUUGUCGAGAAUCAUGAUUACGUGGGGUAUUUGCGCCACGGUUACUUCUGUUGUAACAGAUUUUCCAGGAUUGCUUAUUUGCCGUGUAUUUUUGGGAAUCUCUGAAGCGGGCUUGACUCCUGGUCUGAUGUUGGCGUUUAGCUACUGGUAUUCUCCAAGAGAACUCUUGAACCGUGUAGCGACAUUACACAUUGCUGGUUCCAUCGUAAGUUUCCUAUCAGCCAUCACAGCUGGUCUGGUGUUUUAUCUGGACUCCCCAACAUCUCCUGCAUGGCGAUGGCUCUUUUUGAUCGAAGGAGCUCCGUCGAUUAUACUCGGAAUCUUUUGCAUCAUUUUGUUCCCCGAUGGUCCAGAAGUAGCUACAUUCCUUACACCUAGAGGACGUAGGAUUGCCAUCGAGAGGCUCAAGCUUGCUGAUCCUGCUUCGCGAAAAGGACGUGAUUUUGUUUGGAAGGAUGCAUUGCCUGUUUACACCAAACUUGAAACCUGGCUUCACAUUGCUGCACUUUUGCUGUCGUUGCUCCCAGCUGUUACAAUGAAGUUUUUUAUGCCGACUCUCUUAGCCCAGGUGGGGUUCACGGGUGCGAGCAUUCAAUACGCCACGAUACCUCCACACGCCUUUGGAGUAGUCGCAGUUAUUAUCGUAUCUUGGAUUGUAUACAGGGUCGACGACCGUUCAAUUGUCCACAUUGUUGGAAAUUUGGCCGGUGCUGUCGGAUAUGUGGUACUUGCCUUCUCUCAGUCAGCCACUCUAUCUUAUGGCAAGUCCGUUCUCGCUCUCGCUGCAUCUGGUAGCAAUGUGGCGGGUAUUCUUGGCAGUCAACUGUAUCGAGCGAAGGACGCGCCAAGGUACACCAAUGCUCACCUCAUUGUUGCUGGUGCCCUGUGUGUCUCGGCAUUGGUCGUGCUCACGCUACGAAUCAUUUAUAUGGUCAAGAACAGUCAUAUCAAGGCAAGGAUUGAACAAAAGAAGUUGAUGGGUGAGAAACCUAGUGAUGCAGAUACGUUUGUAUAUCCUUUGUAA